UGCAAUACAGAAUCAAUGGAGAUAAGCAAGUUCAGUUUUGAGAAGAAAAAAAUAGCUAUGAUUUCUUCAUUCUCUGCACCAUCAGAACCAGCACAAUACUAUUAUGGAUUGUCUGCACAAUACAAAGAGCAAUAUGAAUACCUUCAAAGCAUGAACUACAAUCUAGAGGUGCAACGCCCCAAGCUCAAGCCAGCUGAUCGACUAGUCUUUCACAUCAAUGUUCUAUCAUAUUCGGUUGAUUCUAACUCAGUUACACGCCUUAACACCUUAUUCCAUGAUUAUCAAGAAGUGAGCAGCAAAAGGUUCUUUCAAGAGGAUCAAGAAUGGAUUCGGUCUAUCUUGUUCCACCAAGACUUUCCCUCUGAAUCACUUGAGCAACUAGCACAAAGGCUCGUGCUCGAAGUUCAUGAAUUGUUUGAUUUCAAUGAGAAAUUAUUUGGUUCUAAUCUUGCUAGUGGAGUCGGAACUUCUAUUGCUCAUCAAUUCACUUUGCAUCUUACAAUUGUCGUGGAGAUAUAACUAGAUAUUAGUAAGCAUUAUUUUGCAAAUAAAAACUAUUACUUUUCUUCUCUUGAUCACACUAUUAAAGGCACAUGUUGAUUGAAUAUUAAUAUUUUGGCUUUCUUUAUAUGGUUAAACGUUAUAAUAUUUAUGCUUUGUUUAAUAUGGUUAAACAGUUAAUUACUAA